AUGUCGUACACUGAGUUGUAUCCUUCCCUAUUACAAAAGGGUUUGGUGGUUCCCAGACCUAUGGGACCUCCACCUGAUCGUCUUCCUCCAUGGUACAACCCUAAUGCACAUUGUCCUUUUCACGAGGGUGCCCCCGGGCAUGACCUAGAGGGUUGCUACGCUCUAAAGCAUAGGGUUCGUGAGCUAAUUGAAAGCAAGAUCUUGUCUUUUAAGGACAUGGGACCUAAUGUGAAGAACAAUCCUCUUCCUCCCCAUGGAAAUCCUGCAGUAAACGCCAUUGAAGACGCCUCUGUUGGUGUUACGGUUGAUAAGGUGGAUGAUGUUAAGACUCCUUUGGUAGCAUUCCAUGCCCGAUUGGUGGAAGCUGGCAUGAUUAAUGUUAAUCAUGAAAAUUGUGAAGAGUGUGCCACAUACCCAAAGGGAUGUCAGGUGGUACGAGACAACAUUCAAAAUUUGAUGGAUAAAGGAGUGCUUCAAAUAUCCAGUGUUGUGAAGAACGAAGACGUGUUGGUAAUUGAACCUUGUUUCAAUUUACCUGAACCAGUUGAAAUUCCAUAUUAUAGUGGUGGAGUGGUUCCAGUGAAUAGUAAGUCGUCGCCUGUGGAAAUAUGUAUGCCCACGCCUUUUCCCUACGAGAGCACCAAGGUUGUGCCUUGGAAAUAUGAGUUUACUACUGUGGAUAAGGUUGUUGAAGGAAGUGCAGACGCUGAAGUGACAGAAGCUGUAAGUGAAGACGUCACCAAUAUUGCAGGGAUGAGCAGAAUGACCCGUAGUGGUCGAGUCUAUACGCCCGAAUUCAAUGUGACUCCUCAAGGGCCAAACAAGGAAUCAACAGUUGUAGCUCCCACUAAAGAACCUGAAGUGGUUCAAUCCGAAGAUGCUGUUGAAUUCUUGAAGUUGAUCAAGAAAAGUGACUACAAGGUUGUGGACCAGUUGCAUCAAACACCGUCUAAGAUCUCUAUUUUAUCUUUGCUGUUGAAUUCCCAAGCCCAUAGGGAGGCUUUGUUGAAGGUGCUUGCUCAAGCUCAUGUAACACAAAGUAUAACAGUAGACCAAUUUGAUGGAGUAGUUGCAAAUAUCAAAGCCUGCAAUACUUUAAGCUUCAGUGGAGAGGAAUUACCUGAGGAUGGACAAAAUCACUAUCGUGCUCUCCAUAUCUCAGUAAAAUGCAAAGAUGAUGCUUUGCAUAUAGCUGCUUACUGGGACGUCCUUGGACUCAUGCUGCAGGGGCAGUCACCUCCACUUUACACCAAAAGAUGA